CACACAGAGAAAGAGAGAGAGAGAGAGCGUUUUUGAAUUAUAUAAACGUUUGACAGAUAAACAUUUGAUAGAUGACAGAUGACAAUGUUUUGACUUUGAAAUAUGACUUUGUGUGUGACGCUAUUAACUCAUUCGAAUUCUGGAGCAGCUGCAGAGCUAAAAAUUUUAGAUGGCAGAUUUAAACUCAGCACCUGUAACUUAAAGUUGACAUGAAAAAUACUAUUCAUGUCAACAAAAUCAAAACUUAAGGUCUUCGGUUGAGACUAAAAGGAAAAGUUUAGCUUUGCUUUAAGCCGAAUUUUUCCUUGAGGCUUACACCUGUGGAGUCGCUUGAUGGAGCCAACGCAACUAGCGGACAUAGAUGGGUUUGUGAGAUCUGAUUAUCAUCUCAACAUUAGAUUCAUCCAAUCGAACUCGAAAGGCAAAAGGACCCCAAAACUGCAAUAAUAUCCAUAUUUGGUAAAUGGUUUGGAUAUUUGAAUCUGAAUUCGAGUUUGAAAUCUGAUAUAAAUCCAACAUUAUGGCGAAGAAUUCGAUUAAAUCUGAUAAACGAUAAAUCCGACCCGAGUCCGAACUGUUCGCAGCCCCAAUCCCAUCCACACGUUACCAACUUACCGAAAGGCUAAGCAGUCUUCGAGGCUUCUCCCCCAUAGCAACUCUCUCUCUCUUAUCUAUCUCUCUUCUGCCAACCAUGGCUGCUAGGAGCAUCGGAACAAGAGCUACAGCCCUCUCCCUCACCCUCCUCUUCUUCAUAUUACAAGCAGAAGCACAGCAGCCGACUCCAACGCCAUGGCCCGAGCAAUUCCACUCCGUGCUUUAUAUGAACUCCACCGGCAAACUCCAAAUCGUGGACCUCUGGUACGAUUGGCCCAAAGGGAGGAACUUCAACAUCAUCCAGAACCAGCUUGGCAAGCUCCUCUACGACCUGGAGUGGACCAAUGGCACAUCCUUCUACUACACUUUGGAUGCCAACAAGGAGUGCAGGACCAUGCAUUUCGAGGUGGGGAUCCUCCCACCCAACUGGCUCCAUGGUGCAAAUUAUUUAGGGCAAGAACGGGUCGACGGGUUCCUGUGCAAUGUCUGGGAGAAGGUGGAUUUCAUUUGGUAUUAUGAGGAUGUUGUCACCAAGAGGCCUGUUCACUGGCUCUUCUUCACUGGGAUGUCUGUUCAUGUGAUGACUUUCGAGGUCGGGGCUGCUCUGGAAGAUGAAGCGUGGCAGGCGCCGGUUUAUUGCUUUGAUAAUGAGAAGGAGAAGGAGAAGGAGAAAACGGGAGGAGGUGCAGACAUGGUUUCUGCAGUGGAUGGAGUUUCUGUGAAGAAUUUGGCACAGAAAAGCGGCUUCGAAGGCCUACUGAGUUCCUCUGUUCUGUAAAUGUAAUGCUUAUCCUCUGCGGGUUUAUUGCGUCCAGGCCUUGUUUUCUUUAACCUGAACUUUUUGCGGGCGAAAUGCAAAUCCAUCUUUUGCUUACCUCUCCGUGCCUGUGGAUGUGGAGUCUUAGAACAGGCCUCUUGCCUGCCGGGUCUUGAUAGAUUGAGCCGAUGUAAAUUUUGGGGUUUUGCUGGGAGGCCGGCGUGAAUCUAGUGAACUGAAAUCUUCCACCUUUUGGUGAA